UUGGUUCCUUUGUACAGAACUCUGUAAAUAAUUUAUUUGGAUUUGAGGGUCUAGAGACGGAAACACAUAUCGAACCUCUUGGUAACCAGGUGAAUUCAGCGUCUGGAACUUAAAGGCAAGCAGAAAACAAGCGAGAAGGAAACGUGCCUCUUUGAAAUCAGAGAAGACAGCAAGACCUCAGAGCCCAGGCGGGAGGCUGGAGUUGGCCAGGCUGCAGCAGAGGAAGUUUUUUUCGUGGCAUUUAAAGGUCACCCAAGGGGUUUCCACAACUAUAUCGUGUGCCCCCCCUGUAGCGAGGAUUUUGGAGCAACUGUCUGUGAAGUUGGAAAACACAGGCCUGCACUGGAGCUGGUCCCAAACCCCUCCUGCUGCACUCAAUACCUGCAUCAAACAAAGAAAAUUGUGUUUGCUGGCUGGCUGGCUGAAGUCACAAGAUUCCCAGUAUCACACAGGGCUCCGGAAUGCCUGUGAAACCUCCCGAGGAGGGGAAGAUUGUGCACCCCACCUUUCAGAUAACUGCCUUCAGUACCAGCCUGAAAAACCAUGUGAUGGUCAUGGACCUGGUAAAGAAGGACUGGCUUCCUUCCCAGAGACGAGCUAAAGUUUGUUUCAUCCACAUGUGCCAAGGCCUGAAGGUGGCUGAGCGGCAAGUCAGCAGAUACGAGCUGCCAGCAGAUGGUGACCACACAGUUGCCACCUUCAGAAUUGCAUCGCCCUUCUCUGACCGGGACGCUGCCACUGUGAAGCUGCAAGGAUUACUGGACACGCAUUAUAGUACAAAUGAUCAAAUCGCCUUUAAAAUUCUCCAGGCUGAUGUUACAGACAGGAAGUUGGACUUCACCAAGGGGAUGUUGGCGUCACAAAACACAAAAAUGAUAUCGCCUAUCAUUUCCCAGCUGAUUGAUGAGAGGAAAUCAAUGGAAAACGGAGCCCUGCUGCCUCUGCCACAAGCAAUCGCUCAAGCUCAACUGUGUCCCCCAAAGCCAGCUUCGGCCAGGCACAGCAGAGUGAACACGUACAGGUCAUUUGCUCCAGACAGUCUGGGAAUUCUGACUCCAUCAGAUGAGCAAGGACUAGAGACAGAACCACUGUCCACAGGGGACGACCUGGGCAGAGGCCCCCAGAGGGGGUUCUCAUCUAUCACCAUCACUGCGCGACGUGUGGGCCCUCCUGCCAGCUCCCUGGUGUGGGACACUGUUAGGGACUCACUAUGUCCCAAUUGCAGGGCCAAGGAUGCUUUGCUCCAAGACCCCCCAGCUCUGGCCAGUGGUACCCAUCUAUGUGAGCACAGCGGAUCCUUCACCUGUACAGAGUUCCCCAGCAGGGGCUCCAUAGAGGGGAUGAAGGUACCCCAGGCUCAUACAAGGCUGUGUGCGAGGCAGGAGUACUGGAUCUCCCAAAUGGGUGACAAAGAGGACAGUUUUUCUUCAGACAAUUCACCAUCAAGAAAAUUGCCACUGGUGUUCAGUUCAUGUGUCCACCUCCGGGUGUCUCAGCAGUGUCCCAAUGCCAUUUACUAUUUGGACAAAUCACUUUCCGUCCCCCUUGAGCAACCUCAGAUUGCUAGCCCCAAAGUCCACAGGUCUGUCCUGUCUCUCAGCCUCCGCUGUAGUUCCCACAGGUUAACAGCAGAUGGCGUAGACAGCACAGCUAAUGGCGAACCAAUCAGCAGAGCCCUGCCGCAGGAGCUCCUGGAAGGAAAGCAGGACCUCCUAGGUCCACAAUUGGGCCAGCCACAGGAAGGUCACUGGAAGGAGAGCCCAGCAUCGGUGCCAGUAGAUUUGGGGAGUGGCACGUGCCCUCGGACUAGCUCCCCUCCCCUGGAAAAAGUCAAAUUUGUAGAUGUGAGAAGGAACCAGGUCCCAGGAAGAAAGGAGAAAGAGGAGCUUGCAACGUGUACCACUCGCAGCCAUGCCGACCAACUCUCCAUCCAUAUUCCCGGCUGGAGUUACCGGGCAGAAACAAAAGUACUUUCUGGAAACAGCAAGGAGCAACAAGAAGCACAAGGAACUCUUCCUCCUUCCCCAGUGGGACAGAAGCCCAUUCAACACCUCCCUCCUGAUGGAGACAGUUCACCAAGCAAUGAUGGGCAGUCUAGCAUCUUUUCUGAGUCCCAAGAGAGACAGCACCCGUACUUCCUGACACCCAGAGUCCCUUUGCCUGUGUUUCUUUGCCCUAUACAAGUUACAUGUGCCUCUCCACAGGAAGAUGAUACUGCUCAGAUAGAGAAAAAGUUCCCCAAAGAUUACACCUGCUGCGACUUGGUUGUAAAGCUAAAGGAAUACAAGAAGCACGAGGACCUCCUUGCCACCCCUGAGCCCUCACCAGCAACACCCUCUCCAACAGCCGCAGAGGAACCACGGAGCUCUGACCCGUUGGAAGGGAGUUCUGAGCCUCGGCACCUGCUGUCAAGCUCCAUGACCUUGCAGGAAGCGCUGGAAUUCCGUAGACCUCAGUUCAUUUCUCGCUCACAAGAACGGCUGCAGAAACUUAAGCACAUGGUACAGCAAAGGAAAGCGCAGCAAAAGGAAAACCUGGGGCAGAAGCAGAGCCUACUUCCUGUCCGUGCCCACAAGAAGCAGUUCACCGUUCCCCAUCCUCUUAGUGAUAACUUGUUCAAACCCAAAGAAAGGUGCAUUUCAGAGAAGGAGAUGCAUAUGCGAUCUAAAAGAAUCUAUAAUAACUUGCCGGAAGUUAAAAAGAAAAGAGAAGAGCAAAGGAAAAGAGUGAUCUUGCAGAGUAACAGACUCCGAGCAGAAGUCUUCAAAAAGCAAUUACUGGACCAGCUCCUUCAGAGAAAUGCCGUCUGAUCCCAGGUGGCCCUGCUAGCCACAGCCUAGAUCUGGGAAGACGUCCGACGUUGGAUGACCCAUUAAACUUAACACUGUCUUCACAUGUGAAAGAUACUUUUAUUUUACUUUUUUUUUUUUCUUUCCGAAAGACCCAAGGAAACAAAA